AAUUGGAGAUCCAAUAUCUGCUUCAGCCAAUACCAUUUCUUCCUUCCAUAUCUCUAACUAUUUUCACCUUUUUUUUUUUUUUUUAAAUAAUUUAUUAUUAUUACACUCUUCUAUUUGUUUUCCCUUGAAAUCACCGUCACUCUCUUCUUGUUUGUUCAUCUGUCCUCAACCAACAACAACAACAACAAGAGGAAAACUCAGAUUAACUACACAGAAGAACAAUUUCAUUGAGAGCUUAGUAUUUAAAAGAGCUGAGGAUUUGUGUGACAUAGUUAUAUAUUUUACAAUUUUGUUGAAUUGUUUGUUAUGGUAAUAUUGGUUACAAGAGCAGAAGCCUUAUGAUGACCACGGCUGCUGUUAUUGGACUUAGUACUGGAAAGAGACUAUUGAGCUCCUCCUUUUAUUAUUCUGAUCUAACAGAAAAAUUUUCUCAAAUCAAUGAUCAUGGAUCACCAUAUUAUCAAGUUAUUCCAACAAAAAAUGUGGUUGCCGCCAAAAAGUCGUCCAAUUAUAGUCCAACUUAUCCAUCUUCCAAGCAACAUUCUCAGUCCACUAAGGCUCUUAAAGAACAUUUGGAUACUAAUUUUGCUUCUACUACGGAGCCGUGGCUUCAGAGGUCUGAUGAUUUAGAAGAGGAAAACCCAGACUUUGACUAUUCAAUGGAGGCACUUCUGCUGCUGCAAAAGUCUAUGCUUGAAAAACAAUGGAAUCUUUCUUUUGAGAGGACAGUAUUAAAUGACUCAUCAAGUAAAAAGACUCACAAGAAGAUACCUGUCACGUGUUCUGGAAUAUCAGCUAGGCAAAGAAGAAUGAAUUUGAAGAAGGUUUUGAACCAAAGUAAUUCAAUGAUUCAGCAAAAUGGCCCCAAUCUGCAGAGGUCUGUGAUUAGUCCAGAGUUGCUUCAGACUCGUUUAAAAGGCUAUGUAAAGGGUGUGUUGAGUGAGGAGCUGCUCACCCAUGCAGAAGUUGUGCGUCUAUCAAAGAAAAUCAAAGCUGGCCUUUCCUUAGAUGAGCACAAAUUGAGACUGAAGGAGAGGCUGGGAUUUGAGCCCUCAGAUGAACAACUUGCAGCUUCCUUGAGCAUAUCUCGCUCUGACUUACAGUCAACAUUGAUUGAGUGUUCAUUGGCAAGAGAGAAGCUUGUGAUGAGCAAUGUUCGUUUGGUCAUGUCUAUAGCUCAACGAUAUGAUAACAUGGGUGCUGACAUGUCAGACCUUGUGCAGGGUGGGUUGAUUGGAUUAUUACGUGGGAUUGAGAAAUUUGACUCUUCAAAGGGUUUCAAAAUAUCAACUUAUGUGUAUUGGUGGAUACGCCAGGGUAUUCAUAGGGCAUUAGUUGAGAAUUCCAGAACCUUAAGAUUGCCUAAUCAUCUGCACGAAAGGUUAGGUUUAAUCCGGAAUGCAAAGAUUAGACUGGAAGAGAAAGGAGUAACACCAUCAAUUGAUAGAAUUGCAGAAUACCUAAACAUGUCACAAAAGAAAGUGAGAAAUGCUACUGAGGCAAUCAGUAAGGUUUUCUCACUUGACAGGGAUGCUUUUCCCUCGUUAAAUGGCCUUCCUGGUGAAACCCAUCAUAGUUACAUUGCAGAUAAUCGUGUGGAGAACAAUCCGUGGCAUGGAGUGGAUGAGUUGAUGCUCAAGCAUGAAGUAAACAGACUCAUUACAGAGACACUUGGAGAACGUGAAAGAGAAAUCAUACGUCUUUACUACGGUCUUGAUAAGGAAUGCCUUACAUGGGAGGAUAUAAGUAAACGAAUAGGUUUGUCAAGAGAAAGAGUUAGGCAAGUUGGACUUGUGGCGCUAGAGAAACUAAAACAUGCAGCGAGAAAGAAAAACAUGGAGGCCCUGCUGUUGAAACAUUAGCAUAACCAUAGAAAAUUGAAUUAAGGAGCUACCACAUUGAACUUUCUGUAACGUUAUUAAACACAGAGGUUGUAAGUUGCGAUAAAAUUUCAUGUAUUGAAUGUUUAGAAGAGAUACUUCCUGGAUUACUUUCUGGGUUUAUGUAUACACAAGAUGAUGAUGAAUUCAGUAGUUCCAGUUUCAUUUA